AUGCGCCCCCAAGCCAUCCUGCCAGACGCCCUCUCCGCCGUGGGUGAGACGCCGCUCAUUCAACUGAACCGGAUCCCACACGCAGAGGGCAUCAAGUGCAACGUCAUGGUAAAGUGCGAGUACUUCAACGCCGGCGGCAGCGUCAAGGAUCGCAUCGCCCGUCGCAUGCUCCUCCAGGCCGAACAGGACGGCACGCUCAUCCCGGGCAAGUCGAUCGUCAUCGAACCCACCAGCGGCAACACCGGCAUCGGCCUCGCCCUCGCCUGCGCCAUCCGCGGCUACCGAUGCAUCAUCGUCCUCCCCGAGAAAAUGUCGGCCGAAAAGGUCAACACGCUCCGUGCGCUCGGCGCCGAGGUCAUCCGCACGCCCACCGAGGCCGCCCACGACGAUCCGCGCUCCAACAUCAUGGUCGCACGUCGCCUCCAAAAGUCCAUCCCCGACGCCGUCAUCCUCGACCAGUACAACAACCCUAACAACCCCACCGCCCACUGGGCCACCGCCGAGGAGAUCAUCGAGGCCAUCAAGGCCGGCCCCGCCCCGCCCUCUUCCACCUCGCUCCUCCACGGCAUGGGCAGCCUCUCGCUCACCGCCGGCAAGGACGAGCCGCUCGACGCCAGCGCCAACGCUCGUCCGCUCACCCCGGACUCGAACCGCGGCGCCGACGAGCCCAACGGCUCCACCCACACCUACUCGGACAAGGUCGACGUGCUCGUCGCCGGCGUCGGCACCGGCGGCACCAUCAGCGGCAUCGCCUCGCGCCUCAAGCGCGCCGACCACAACCCCGACUGCUACGUGCUCGGCGUCGACCCCAUCGGAUCCACGCUGGCGCUGCCCGCCUCGCUCAACACGCUGCCCGAGGACUGCGACGGCUCGUACAAGGUGGAGGGCAUCGGCUACGACUUUGACCCCAACACGCUCAACAAGGCGGUCAUCGACGAGUGGACCAAGACCGAGGACGAGCAGAGCUUCGCCUAUGCGCGUCGCCUCAUCCGCGACGAGGGCAUCCUCGCCGGCGGCUCGUCGGGCGCUGCGGUCAACGCCGCGAUCAACUGGCUCAAGCCCGGCGGCGCCGGCUGGGACAAGUUUGGCUCGCAGCCGGGUCUCAACGCCGUCGUUGUGCUGCCGGACAGCCUGCGCAACUACAUCACCAAGCCGUGGCUCGUGUCGGACGCCAAGCCCGAGCGUCGCGAGGCCGAGAUCGACUUUGACAACUUCCAGUGA